AUGGAGACGUCGACAUACUCUGGUGAUGGUCCAGAUCGUCUCCCCCUUAAUCGCUGGUUUAGGGAGAUUGAUAUCGCCAUAGCGUCAAGGUUGAUUGACGCUCCGACGGCCAAGGUUAAUUUCCUACUGUCUCGGCUUGUUGGUAAAGCCAAAGAAUGGGCUCUUGGGAAGCUCGUUGUAAACGAGUUGGCAUUCCCCACGCUGGACGAUAUCCAGCGCGACUUACGACUGGCGUUCGAGCCCCCUCCAGAUGAGUCACGCUUGCGCGCAGAUUUCUUUUCACUUCGACAGGGCAAGCUGUCGAUUCGUGAUUACGUACAGAAGACGCGACAUCUUGCUUCGUGUAUCAUCACGAAGCCGGUCGACAUGGCGUCUCAAGUUCAUGUCUUUGUCUUUGGUAUGCAAGAGGGCAUGACCCGCUAUUGCCUCACACGUGCUGAACCUAAGACUCUUGAGGAGGCAUUUGCCCUCGCGCUUCGUGAAGAUUACACGGUCGCAUCGUCAUAUUUGCAGGCAGCGUCGCAACGCUCGCGUACGUCUGGCCCAGAGCCUAUGGAAAUUGACGUUAUCGAUGCAUCUCGUGGUCGCGGCAAGCAAUUUGGCCGCGACAUUCGAAGUCAAAACACGAUGAAGUGUUAUCGGUGCGGCAAGACUGGCCAUCGUGCGGCCGUCUGCCGAGCACCAGCGCCGGUGUCCAUGAACACAGCUGUCUCACGUGGAGAUACUGUGUCGUCAGUGAUCCCGCCAAAAAACGAGCGGUUCCAGUAG